UGUACGCCUACGGCAUGCCAAUUUGACUCCUAUUUCACUCCCAUUAUUCCUCUCUCGCUCUCUCCUACCUACGGAGAGAGAAACACUGACACACGCUCAAUUUUAUAAAUAAUCUCGAUUUCUAGGGUUUUUGAUGUUUCACAUUUACGCCAAAAUUAUUUCUUUCCUGAUCUCUUUAUGAUAUAUAUAAUUGCGCCAUAAUCCCAACCCAAUAAUUGAUGAAAAAUUCCUCCGUUUUCGAUCCCAUUAACAGAAGUUCCUAAUUCCCUCGCAAUUUUACUUUUUUCUUUUUCCUUUUUGGCUGGUGUUUUCUUGGAUUUUCUACGCCCAUCGAUUGCCCCACACCGCAAUGCUUUUAAUUUUUUAAUAGCAGGAUCAGCCAAGCGCGCGACAAUCUUGUAUCCCCCUUUUAUUCUGGGUGUAAUGAAGGUUGAGAUCCUACGCUGCUGAUAGCUUCCCAGCAAUUUCUUGCAAUCUUUGUCCACGUUAGCAGCAUCGACAUCGACGUCGCUUUUCAUGGCGGCGCCCCGGAUUCUGGUGGUGGAAACUGGUGGUGGCCGGCUCCUGGAGAAAUAUAAGGCGGAGAAAUUUCCGCUCUCACGCUGGGAAUUCGUGGCGGCUUUUGGUGUAUUUUUGGUGUUCUCAACCGGGUUAUUCUGCAUUUACCUUACCAUGCCUGCGGCCGAAUACCAGAUGCUCAAGCUUCCUCGCAAUCUCGCGGAUCUUCGCUUGCUCAAAGAUCAUCUUGCAAGCUAUGCUGAAGUGUACCCAGCAAAGUUCAUUCUAGGGUAUUGUUCAACAUACAUAUUCAUGCAGACAUUUAUGAUACCUGGGACAAUUUUCAUGUCCUUACUAGCUGGAGCUCUUUUUGGAGUUGUCAGAGGCCUUCUUUUGGUUGUCUUUAAUGCCACUGCUGGUGCAUCAUCCUGCUACUUUCUGUCUAAGCUGAUUGGCAGACCCAUUGUUAACUGGUUGUGGCCCGAAAAGUUGAGAUUUUUUCAAGCAGAGAUAGCAAAGCGGAGGGACAAGUUGCUCAACUACAUGCUCUUUCUGAGAGUUACACCGACAUUGCCAAACCUUUUUAUCAAUUUGGCUUCACCAAUUGUGGAUAUCCCGUUUCAUAUUUUCUUUUUGGCAACUGUUAUUGGGCUCAUUCCAGCUGCUUACAUCACUGUCAGAGCUGGACUUGCUCUUGGUGAUCUCAAGUCAGUCAAAGAUCUGUAUGAUUUUAAGACGUUGGCAUUGCUUUUCCUCAUUGGGUCUGUUUUAUUAUUUCCGACCCUUUUGAAGAGGAAGCGAGUAUAUGAAUAGAGCUGUUUAUGCAUUUCCGCCCAUCUCUGUGGAGAAGGGAGUGGGCAUACAAUGAUUUUCUAAUUUGAUGAAGUAUAAGAAACAGGAGCCGAUUCUGCGUUGUUUGGGGUACAUGUGUAGUGGGAAAGCCUGCUGUUAUUCCUUCAGGAUAUUGCAGUUCCCGACCUGGUUCAUCUAGAUUACAUGGCAGAAACUGUGAAUUUAUAGUAUUAAAAGUUAAGGAACAGGAUACUAUAUAGACGUUUGUUCAAAUAUCAGCCGUAUAGCUGAAAUCCAUUAUGCCCGUAGAAUUAGGAUCUUGAUGUAGGACACAGUGAGGGCUUACAGCAAACAGGUUCUGUGUCCAUAUGCUACCGCCGUCAGUAUCAAUUUAUAUGUACUUGUCCGGGCAGAAACUACACAUUUUUCCCCCCAACUUAAUGAAACUAGAUUCUGAGUUGCAUAUUCA